CCAAUCAGAAAUGCGAUUUUUUGUGACGCCCGCCUUUCAACUCGUUCGCGGGAGCUAUCCAGGAAGUAUUUCAAUACCCUUCAGCAGCGAAGAUUUAUGUACUUUUCAUUGUGUUUUGGAUAAUAAUUGAUCAGUUGCCGCUGUUGUAGAUGUUCCCCGUGCUGUUGUUGAAAGUGUAUGGAGGAUUAAGUGGAUAGAUGAGUAAGAUGAAGCUCUGUAGAGCCGAAUACAGAGUAAUUGCAAAGUUCACGGAACAGCUUCGGCCUACGAGGCAAUGUAUGAAGAUGCUGAAGGAACGAUUCCCCAAGUGGACCUGUCCCCGUCUCUGCUGGCUCGUCUGCUGCUGGAGCGAUUCCUGGAGGAGCACCAGGGCUCAAUAUCAUCCAAGCAAGUCCUGAACAGCAUGUUGCGGGAGCCAUCUUUAAUUCCAGAUGUGCAGCUGGCCAGACAUGUGGAACAGUGCACCAUAAAUGACUGCUGUUAUGGACCGCUGGUCGACUGCAUCAAACAUGCUAUUGGUCAUGAGCAUGAGGAGAUCCUGCGAGAGAAACUCCGAGAGAGGAACCUCUCCUUUGUAGAUGAGAAUCAGCUACGGGCCAAGGGUUAUGACAAGACCCCUGACAUUAUUCUAGAAGUCCCCAUUGCUGUCGAAGGCCACAUUGUCCACUGGAUUGAGAGCAAGGCCUCAUUUGGGGAUGAGCACAGUCAUCGUACUUAUCUAAACGAGCAGUUCUGGAGUUACUGGAACAGGUUUGGCCCGGGUCUGGUCAUCUACUGGUAUGGCUUUAUAGCAGAACUGGACUGCCAGCGGGACCGAGGGAUCCUUCUCAAAGACUGUUUCCCCUCAGACAUCGUGACUCUGGGCCAUAGCCCAGACCGGUGCUGACGCUAUAGCUAAGGGUUAUACUGAGGCUGAGGGAGUGUGGGGUCACAGGGCAUUUGCUGGUGGACAUGUGAAUCCGGAAGUAAUCUAGUUUUCCUGCUGCGCGCAACUAUUGGCAAACAUCUGCCCUGAACUCCAGCUGAACUCCCAGGGUUCACAGUUGGAAUCGUACCUCUGUUCAAAAUCACGCCGGGGAGCCUGGAAUCCUGGACUGGACCUGGACCUCCUGGUCCUUCAGGAAGGAGGAGACCUCUUAUCAUAGCCCUUUUCCUCAUCAUUCUGCCCCUGCGCAAACUCGUGAGACCAGCACAGAGGUCAUCCCCAUUAUCAACGUGUAUGUUCUUCAUUUUCUCUCUUUGUCUCUGAUAAGGGUGUGGUCCCAUUUGGAGCUCUGUGUGAUGACCUUUCCUUCUGUUUUUUUAUUUGGGACAUUUCACAGGUUUGCCAAGUGGUUUUGAGUAAUGGUGAUAUUCAAGCUUUUGGUUUUUACCUUUUGUCUUUCACAUGACUGUUAAACUUGCCUUAAAAACAAUAAAGUCAAAUAACCUGGAAUUUGUGCUUAGUACUCUGUGGAAAAAAAAAUAGAAAGUCUGGUCAGGUUUAUCAAGUAAGCCAAGGUUGAUCAAAUUUGUAAAGAAAAAUUACUGUACAUAGUUAAAAAAAACAAACAAAAAAAAACAAUCUCCCUAGACUGUAGGGGAACACAGGUUGGCGUUCCACAAGACUCCUUCUGCAUGCUGUCUGGAUGAAAGACGAGAGUGGGGCCUCGGAGCUGCAGUACCAUGGUGAGAUAUGAGCGAGAUCAAGAGCUUCCCCUCCCUGUACUCAGUGUUAAUCAGGCCCAGACCUGUUAUG